AUGGCGCCUUCCAACAGAGCUGAUAAGAAGGCUGCAUUGGAUGCCGCUGCAUGGAUGUUCAACGUAGUCUCUUCAGUUGGAAUCAUUAUUGUCAAUAAGGCAUUAAUGGCUAAUUACGGUUUCAGUUUUGCUACAACAUUGACUGGUUUGCAUUUUGCUACAACAACAUUGAUGACGGUUGUUCUUAGGGGGCUAGGAUACAUCCAACCUUCUCAUCUACCAACUCCAGAGCUUUUGAAAUUUGUCUUAUUUGCAAAUUUCUCUAUCGUUGGGAUGAAUGUCAGCCUAAUGUGGAACUCAGUGGGAUUCUAUCAGAUUGCCAAGUUGACUAUGAUCCCUGUAUCCUGCUUAUUGGAAGUUGUAUUUGACAAGAUUCGAUACUCGAGAGACACAAAACUUAGCAUCUCUAUUGUUCUCCUUGGUGUUGCUGUCUGCACAGUUACUGAUGUGAGUGUCAACUCCAAAGGGUUCAUUGCUGCAUUUAUUGCAGUCUGGAGUACAUCUAUGCAACAGUAUUAUGUUCACUUCCUUCAAAGGAAGUACUCGCUUAGUUCUUUCAGUCUUCUGGGGCACACAGCACCAGUCCAGGCUGCAUCUCUCUUGCUGUUAGGACCCUUUCUGGAUUAUUGGUUGACAAACAAAAGAAUUGAUGCCUUUGACUUUAAUAUACCAUCUCUUGCGUUCAUUAUCCUUUCAUGCACUAUUGCAAUCGGUACCAAUCUCAGCCAGUUCAUCUGCAUUGGCAGAUUCACAGCUGUUUCAUUUCAAGUUCUUGGCCAUAUGAAAACUAUCCUCGUAUUGAUUCUUGGGUUCUUAUUUUUCGGAAAAGAGGGUCUUAAUUUACAAGUAGUUUUUGGCAUGGUCAUUGCCGUAGUUGGAAUGAUCUGGUAUGGAAAUGCCUCAUCAAAACCGGGGGGAAAGGAAAGGCGCAGCCAUUCAAUAUCCAAAAGCAGCCAGCAAAAGCAUGGAGGAUUAUCAGAACCUUCUGAUGUUGAUGAGAAAGUCUAA